AUGGCUGACCAGAAGACGAUCAUCCACCUGCGCGCUGAGUGUCCGUCUCUCUCCCUCACCCUCGCCCGUUUGAAUGUGUCGAAGCCGCUGGAGCACCGCUCUGCCCUGACGCCGACCACGGCCAAGGCCCUCCUCGACGCCGGCUACGAAGUCCGCGUGGAGCGGAGCACGCAGCGCAUUUUCGACGACGAAGAGUUUGCUGCCGUUGGCUGCCCGCUGCUGCCGGAAGGCUCCUGGACCGAGGCGCCCGCCGACCACAUCAUCCUCGGCCUCAAAGAGCUGCCCGAGGACAUCUUCCCGCUGAAGCAUACGCACGUGCAGUUCGCGCACUGCUACAAGACGCAGGGCGGGUGGGCGGACGUGCUGUCGCGGUUCCCCGCCGGCAAGGGGACGCUGUACGAUCUCGAGUUCCUGCAAGACGAGUCGGGGCGGCGUGUAGCGGCGUUCGGAUACCACGCCGGCUUUGCUGGCGCCGCGCUCGGUGUCGAGGUCUGGGCGCACCAGCAGGUGUCCGACGCUGAGUUCCCCGCCGUGUCGCCGUACCCCAACGAGGACGCGCUGAUCUCGCACAUCAAGGCGGUUGUGGGCAAGACCGGGCGGCAGCCGCGCGUGCUCGUCAUCGGCGCGCUGGGAAGGUGCGGCCGCGGCGCUGUCGACCUGUGCAUCAAGGCUGGCAUCGCGGAUGAGAACAUCAUUCGCUGGGAUAUGGCCGAGACGGCAAAGGGAGGCCCGUUCAUGGAGAUCAUCGAGAGCGAUAUCUUCGUCAACUGCAUCUACCUCUCCAGCCCCAUCCCCCCGUUCAUCGAUGCGAAGUCCCUGGCUAGCCCCAGCAGGAAGCUCGCCGUAGUCGUCGAUGUCAGCUGCGAUACCACUAACCCCCACAAUCCUAUCCCUAUCUACUCCAUCAACACCACCUUCGAUAAGCCCACCGUUCCCGUGGAGGUCACCGGCGAGCCCAAGCUGAGCGUGAUCUCGAUCGACCACCUGCCCACACUUCUCCCCCGCGAGAGCAGCGAGGCUUUCUCAGCGGACCUGUUGCCGUCCCUGCUGCAGCUGAAGGACCGCUCGACCGCGCGCGUGUGGUUGGAGGCCGAGAAGCUAUUCAAGGACAAGGUCGCCACUCUGCCGUAA